GCGUCUUCCUGCCCUCAGAGUCCGUGUACCACGUGGAUUACUUGGAACCAAGAUCGCUGAAGAACAAGUUAAACGUGUAGAAAAGAUACUCGUUUCUUUCUCAGGGUUUAAAAAAAAAUCUGUUUAAAAAUGGUGAAGCCACGGUUUAAAGGGAAAAGUACAAUUAACCCUUCGACCUCCAGCACCAACCCAGAUCGACCCAAGGGAGCUGGAGGCAACAAUAUGAGAGAUCGUGCAACAAUCAAGAGGUUAAAUAUGUACAGACAGAAGGAGCGGAGGAACAAAAGGGGUCAAGUGAUAAGACCACUACAGUACCAGUCAACGGUGACACCUGGAACAGUAGCAAGAGUAGAACCAAAUAUUAAAUGGUUUGCUAACACACGUGUGAUCAAGCAGUCCUCUCUGCAGACGUUUCAAGAUGAGAUGGAUCAAGUAAAGAAGGAUCCAUACAGAGUAAUAAUGAAGAGAAGCAAACUGCCGAUGUCCCUGUUACACGAUAGGGCCAAGUCUCAUAAUUCCAAGGUACACAUUCUAGACACUGAGACUUUUGAAAUAACAUUUGGUCCAAAAGCUCAAAGGAAAAGACCCAAUAUCUUGGCAGGGGAUGUGCAUGAUCUUUUGGAAAAAGCUGAGGCAUCAGCUGAAAAAUAUAGCGAGCACAAGGAUCGGGAUCUUGUUACAGAGGACAGUGGAGUACGGAAUGAAGCCCAGGAGGAUAUUUACAAGAAAGGUCAAUCAAAACGAAUCUGGGGUGAACUUUAUAAAGUGUUGGAUUCAUCUGAUGUUGUGAUUCAAGUGUUAGAUGCCAGAGAUCCUAUGGGAACCCGAUCACGCAGCAUUGAAACGUACUUGCAAAAGGAGAAGCCAUGGAAACAUCUCAUCUUUGUGCUUAAUAAGUGUGACUUAGUCCCUACCUGGGUUACUAAACGAUGGGUUGCAAUUCUGUCUCAAGAAUAUCCUACACUUGCAUUUCAUGCCAGUCUCACUAAUUCAUUUGGAAAAGGAGCCCUUAUUCAGCUUUUAAGGCAGUUUGGAAAGUUACAUACAGACAAGAAACAGAUCAGUGUUGGUUUCAUUGGUUACCCAAAUGUUGGCAAGAGUUCUAUAAUAAACACUCUGCGUUCCAAGAAAGUCUGUAAUGUGGCCCCUAUUGCCGGGGAAACAAAGGUGUGGCAGUACAUUACUUUGAUGCGGCGCAUUUUCUUGAUUGAUUGCCCAGGAGUUGUUUAUCCAUCAGGUGACACAGAGACGGAAAUUGUGUUAAAAGGAGUAGUGCAAGUGGAGAAAAUCAAAAGUCCUGAAGAUCACAUUCCUACAGUUCUUGAAAGAGCAAAAUCAGAGUAUAUUAGAAAAACUUACAAAAUUGACUUUUGGGAUUCUCCUCAGGAUUUCCUUGAGAAAUUGGCAUUUAGGAUGGGAAAACUUCUAAAGGGUGGAGAGCCUGAUUUGAGCACAGUAUCCAAAAUGGUUCUGAAUGAUUGGCAAAGAGGUAGAAUUCCUUACUUUGUUAAGCCACCAAAUGCUGAGAUGGAACUGGAGUCAUCCACAAAUGUGGAACCAGCCACUUCUGACAAAAGUAUCAGUCUUAUUGAAGAGAAAACAGAAACAGAUUUGACAGACUCUGCCAAAACACAACCAAAUGCACAGAUUCUCAAGAUCAUGUCACAAGUUCAUCAGAAGUUUGGUAAAAUUAAUGUAACAUCCGAAUUUGCAGAUGAAGAUCUGGUACCGGUGGAUUUGUCGUCUGAUUCUGAAUUGGAUGUGGACUCAGAGGAGGAGCAGGAAUCUGAAGAGGACACACUUGAAACUAAAGAGAAAGAUGGAAUCACAGAGAAUUCAACUGAACAGACAUCAAACAUGGAGAGUGAGGAAAGAAAAGGCAGUUCUAAAGAAGUUAUUCGUGAACUAAAUGAAAAAAUUACUAAAUACAAGAAGUUUCUAGAUCGGGCCAAGGCCAAAAGAUUUUCAGCUAUUAGGAUACCUAAAUCACUGACUGAAAAAGUAUUCAAAAAGACAGAACUGAAACAGGAAUCAAAGUUAGAAAUGAAAGGAAUGAAAAGAAAGGCUGAGGAGCAAACUGAAGAAAACCAAAGAAAACUAACAUCAAAAGAGAAAAGAAGAAUUGAAAGGAUGCAACGUCCAAAGAAGGUGGGAGUUAGAUAUUACGAAACUCAUAAUGUAAAAAAUAAAAACAAAAAUAAAAAGAAGCGAUCAGACUCUGAAGGACAGAAGGCUAAAAAGUUUAAGCAUAAGGCAUAGAAGGACUCAAAUUAUUUUAUGUAAAAUUUGUACAAUAAAAACAGCAAAAUACGUAA